GGUUCCGCCUCGAGUUCGAGGAUGAUACGUCCGACCAGGAGAAGCAGUUUUUCAUGCGAGCGUUCCCGAAUGUGAACAAAAUUUCGGAGCGCAAGGUACAUUGCACGUCAUGCUACAUGCACCUCGGUACGGCUCCCAUCACGGAAGCCAUAAUCCGUAUGCAUCCCGUACUACGGGUAUCGCACUGCCGCAACUGCCACACCUUCUACAACAGUGGAGAGUUCGAUAAGGGUGAAGAUGGCAGCGAACUGUACUGUCGUUGGUGCGGACAGGGUGGUGAAGUGUACUGCUGCUCGAAAUGUCCGUACGUGUUCUGCAAGAAAUGUAUCGUGCAGAACCUGUCCCGUGCCUGCGUGCAGGACAUUUCCCGCAAUGACAACUGGCAGUGCUUCAGCUGUGCCCCGAAAAUCAUGUGGCACCUGCGCGCCCAGCACUGGGCGUUGGUCAACUACAUCGAGAAGCAGAAGAAAGAUAUGAAGGACAAGAACCUAUCGGUUCAGACCAUCAACAACCUGAUGAAGCAGGACAACACCACAUGUUGCAGCGGCAAAGGACAAAACAAGAAGAACACCACUCCGAUCGCAACUAAGAAAGCCACCAAACGGCCAGCCGAUGAUUUCUCACCAGGAGCUGCAAAAAUACCGGACAACAAGCGAGCCCAGCCGCGUCCGUUACUCCCGAUGCAGCAAUCGGGUAGUACUCCACCUUCGGCCAAGAAGGUAAAGACUGACAACAACGAAGUGGUUUGCACUCCGGACAUUAUGAGCAUGUUUAUGAGUCCGGAAGAACCGCCACCAUUGGUGGCUGCAAGGACGCUUCCACCUGUAGCGAAACCGACACCACCGAAACCCACUCCACCUCCGGUUAUGCCAACUACAGUGCCGGGUCGACAAGUGGUUGUUCGGCCAGCCAUUCCAGCCAAUCAGGCUCCAGUUACAAUGCGGAUGCCCACCAUGGCCAACUCAGCGAAUACCGCUCCUCCGCCUGUCUAUCACACUAUCAAUGGAUACAGGAUCGAUCUCCACACGGCUGCUCAACAGGGCACCUAUCGGCUACCCAACGGAAAGUUGAUCCAGGUCCGUAAGCAAGCACCAACAACACCUCCCGCCCCAACUGCCGUUCCCGCAACUAGAAACAUUGCUCCGAAACCAGCCAAUACAUACUUCAACCCGGUUAGCGUUUCUCCAGCUGCCCCAGUUCGCAUGACCAAUGGUGGUGGUACCAACAUGCACAUCAAUAUUGCCCUACAGCAGCAACAGCAGCUUCAAGAACAGCGUUUGCAACAACAGCGCCAGCAACAACAACAGCAGCAGCAGCAGCAACAAAUACUCCAACAACAGCGUCAGCAACAACUGCUGAUGCAGCAAGCUCAAGCUGGUCAACCACAACCCACGAUCGUUGCUGGACAGAUCAACCCUGCUCUUCAGUUGCCUACGUUGGCUUUGCUACAAAACAUGGUCAACGGACCGCAUGAAGAUUCUCCACUCGGCAAGUCUCGCAAGAACUUCGAGGGCAAACUGUUGUCCGGUGUGGAAAUUUGCCAGCAUAUUGUCAACAAGAUCAACACGCUGACCAAUUCCAACUCGUUCAAAAACAUCCGCAAUGUGCGGGAUCUUAAGGAACUCUACAUUCACGUGUCGUACCUGCUGACUUACGCCAUCGGGCGGUUCAAGACCCUGCAGGAGAAGUGUGUCGACGAUGUGAAGAAGAUGGGCUUCACCAAGGAGUCGGACUUUGUGAUGAUGGGCGAACAGAUUAGCAAUCGUAAUCCAGGUGAAGAGAAGAGUGACGACGAGGACGAUUGCGAGAUCAUCGAGCAGAACCGGACCGUCAUUACGCUAGACUCCGAUGACGAGGACGAUGGUGCCAGCAAGAAGAAGAAGGACGACCAAGCGAACAAGAGCACUCCGUGUCCGAAGGAGACCGAAGCUGCCGUGGCUGCUAUUCUGCAGGAGAAGGAUGACGCCAAUACAUCCAUGGAACCCAUUGCGGAAGACAGCGUUGAGCAGGUCGAUUCAGCCGAAAACGAAGCCUCAAGCAAAGAUGAUACGACAAUGGAUCAAUCUGCCGAGGCCGAAGAUAUCUCCACCGCUGAAGAAAAUGUCGCUAAAGAAGUCAUUACCGUGGAUUCGGCAGAAUCAAUCGCCGAGAAGACCAACAAUGUUGAUAACAACAACAAGAGCGACGACGAUCUGGUGGAAAUAAUCGAUGGCGAUGAUAACGAUGAAGCACAGAAAGAAGCCGCUCCGGAAACCCACGGAGAAGCUUCUGAGAGCGCCGAAAAAGCUACUGAGAACUCCGAAGAAGCUUCGGAAGCCCACCAAGAAACCGCUGUGGCAUCUAAGGACGGUGAAGAGGAAAACAGCGAUGCGGUGGAAAUCGUCGACUCGAACGAUGGCGAGUCAGUGCAAGAAACGGCAGAUAAUGCAUCGGCCGAAAAAGAAACUGUCGUUGUCGUGGCAGUGUCUGACGAAGAAAAGCAAGAGACUGCCGUUGCUGAGGACGAGGCACCGGUACAAGAGAAAGCGGAUGAUAACGUGGAUGGUUCGGCAGAUAAAGGCGAUGCUGCCGUUGUUUGCGAAGAAAAUAAGCCAGAGUCAGUGUCUAAAGAAGACAAACAAGAAGCUAUUUCUGAGGAAGAUAAGCAAGAAUCAACAGCGGCAAAAGCUACGGUUGAAGAGCAGGCAGAAGAGCCACAGGGCACGGAGAUGGACUCAACAGAGGUUGAACAGACUGAACCCGUUGAAAUUAGUAAAGAAGACGAGAAUAAGGAAAAUGAAUCUCCGAAGGAGAUAGUCUCGGAGGCAGUGGAAAGCGAUGAGACUGCAGUUAUGGAUGAAGAAACUGAUAAAAAUGACGAAGAUGAGCAAGCGGAGCAUUCAGAGGCAAUGGAAGUUGACGCACAACAGGAAGAUAAAGUUGAGAGUAUUUCAACGGAAGAAGAGGCGAAACCGUGUGAAACUGGAGAAAUACCAGCAUCACCCAAAGCCAUUGAGGAAGAUCCACUGGCGGAUUCGACUGUUGAAAAAUCCGCAGAAGAUGAGCAAGCGGCCGAAGUACCUGAGACCGGCACCGCUUCUGAGCCAGAACCAGACAUUACUGAAAACAAUGUUGAAUCGUCAACCGAUGAUCCUCUAGCAGAGCAGCCAACUGCCGAUUCACCAACGCCUCAAGCUCAAGAAGUUGAUCCCUCGGAUAACUGUGAGGCUGAAGAACCCGCCCUUGACGAAUCUGCCACCGUGGAAACACUGGCAGAAAACAUUCCACCCAAUGAAGCUGAAGCGUCCUCCGUGGAAGAAUCUCCAGAGGCAACCCCUGCUGCCAUUGAAACUCCCGUUGAGGAAAUUCUUGAGGCGCAACCAACGGGCGACGAUCUUCUUGCGCAAAUCGAAGAUUCCUUCCUGAAGCUUCAGGAAAUGAUUGAUUCCACCGAAGAAGCUACCGGGGAACUGGCUGCAGAUCAACCCGCUGAAGGUGAUCAUGAAAUGGCAGAGGAAGUAAGUGCCGUCGCCUCGCCAGAAGGAUUUCCGGCAGAACAGAUGGAAGUGGACGAGAACGAAGCUCUGUCAGCGGCCGUGAUCACCCCGGACGAGUCACAAGGAGCUAUGUCAGAUGAAGCUGGUUGCUCCGUGGCGGAACAACCAAUUUUGGCAGAGUGUAACGGUGUGCUGGAGGAAAACGGCACGAGUGACUCCAAUGGAAUCGGUGCAGAGUUUGAUGAGAUGGCAGACGCCCUUGGCGAUGAGAUGCUGGAGAUGGGUAAGAUGGCUGCCGCAGUCGGUGAUGUGGAAAAUAUCAAUUCACCUGAGAUGAUCAGUGGUGAUUUUUGAGUAGCAUAAGCCAAGUUGUACAAAUAGUGUUUUACGUAGACGUAGUUGAUAAAUUUGUAACGGGACGUAAUGAUUGUCACGUGGUUCUAUAUAAUUUUGAUCUAGCGCAGUAAGUAGUGUAACACUACUUUACAAUGAUAAACCCUAUACAUACACGAACACAACGUAAACUUAUUGGAAUCAAAAUAUCGAUUUAGAACUUUAGGGUAUUAUCAUUUUUUUUUAAUUAAAUACCUUUUGAUUAUAGGGUAUAUUCCUGAAUAUCAGUCCGUAGCUAUCAGUAUCUAAGAAUACUUCGCUUCAGAGCAUUUUUAUUUGAUUGCCUAGAAUGCAAGUAAUGUUUAUGGUAUUUGAUCAACAUAGAGCACAUAGUAGUAAUUUAUGCCGGAAGGACUCACAUUGAAAUGAACUAUGUAGUUACUAAGAUAAACCUACAACAGAAUAAAGUACAUUGAACGUCGUAUGAAUGUCAA